ACAUACCAUGCUGUCAGAAGGCCAAGACGCGGGAGUGCCAAGCGAGUGUGAGAGAGUGUUGAAGACGUCCCUGAACGAUGACGAGAUGGUAGAGGCCCUGAUCAAAACCUGCGCGACCCCCCUGACAUGAGGGAUCCCUUGUGGCAAUGUUUCCUGUUUCCCCCGGUUACCAAGAAGAAUGAGACGCUGCCUGUCAUUGCCUUUGAUAGUGCUAGGCUCCAGUGCUGUGCCAAGGCCUCUUCCGACCGCUGUAGGGAGCUUUGCACACAUACAUACACAAAGAGCUGGACAAAGCACGGGUCCGAGUUUGACAAGAGUUGUUCGUUUAUCCAGCCUGUGUCUGUUCUGGAGGCUCCCAUGCACAACUGUCUGCAUGAUGUUGAUGAACCCUGCAAACUAGGCUGCAGCCAGCUGGAAUUCUGCACCAACUUCAACUUCCGUCCAACCGAGCCCUUCAGGUCGUGCACCAGGUCUGCUGACGAGAGCGCGCGAAAAACGAUCAAGAUCUGGCAGAAGGGGAUGAUCUCACUGCCCCAGAUGACCAUCCCAGUCAAAGAUAUCCGUGAGUGUGAACCAGAGCUGUGGAAGGCUAUCGCUUGUGCUGUCCAGAUCAAACCCUGCCACUCCAAGCCCAGCCCAAUCUCAAUCUGCCAGGAGGACUGCAUCUACAUCCUUAACAAGUGCGUGGACUACACACGUCUCACCAGUGAUCAGAGUGUACCCCAGCUAUGUAACCCACUGCCAAAACUCUCCGACCCUGGGGCUUGUACAUCGGUCACCAGAUACCUCACGGAAAGUGAACAUGUGUCGAAGUCGUGGGAGGUGACAAAUCCAUGUCGCCCCAACCCGUGCCGAUCUCGGGAGUUGUGUCAUGUCCGCCGCAGGAAGUGUAAACACAAGGACAACUGCAAGCCUUACAUAUGUAAAUCCGCCUGCCUGUUGGGGCAUGUAUCCAGUUUCCUUGUCCCCCACGGAGCGUAUGUGCGGAUACCGGACCAGCAGACCAGCACACGUAGCCAGCAGUGCUUCAAGGCAUGCCGUUGUGGACACCGCAGGGAGGUCGGCAACUGCUCUCCCCUCACAUGUCUACAGAACAAGAACUGCAACAUGGGACCAGGACACAUCAAAGAUCAUGGCAGCCAUUUUGUGGUUGAUGGAAGCAACUGUAUCUGCAAUGCUGGUCACCUGAUCUGUGCCCGGCGGACAUGCUCAGUGGACCCCAGUCUUACAGCCGGUCACUACACAGGUAUGCCUGGGAACUGCCCCGCCACCUACCAGCCCAUGUGUGGAGGAAACGGCAAGACUUUCCCCAAUGCCUGCCUUGCCAAGUGUGCGGGACUCCAGGAGAGUGAUCUGCAGAUAGGCGUGUGCAGCACCAUCAACCCGUGUCACACUGAUCCGUGUGGGGAGGGGCUUAGAUGUCUUGCUAAGCGACAAGUCUGCAUCACCGGGAAGAACUGUCUACAACAUGAGUGCAUUCCUGCAACCGAUUUCAACAACUGCAACAACCACAUCCACGACCCUGUGUGCGACACCCACGGAGAGGAAUUCACCAAUGCGUGUGUGCUGUACUCCCAUGGACGGAAACUGGCCUACAGAGGGCACUGUAUGACGAACUGUGCAGAUUCUGGGACCGUGUGCGGUCACAACGGUGAAACCUACCCCAGCGAAUGUGCUGCCCUAGCUGAUCGUGUUACUAUGGAUUACCGUGGAGAGUGCCGCGCCUUUGGGAACCUCACAGCCAACUCUCCAAAGACAAGCACCUGCGCCCACAUCAAGUGUCCUGAGCUUCGACCAAAACACUGCCAUGGAGUUACCCCCCCUGGUGCCUGCUGUCCUAUAUGUGCUGCCGAGCUCCAAGCGCUGUUCGACCCACGUGUGGCGGAGUUUGCUUCCAAGGAGAUGGGCGGUGGGCCAAUGAGCGUCACCGUCCUCCUCAACAUGCUGUCCGACCACCUGAUGGUAGCGGAGUGUGAUGUGUUUGGGUAUCUUGGUGUAGAUGGCGCUCUCAUCAUCCUCAUCGCCCCAGUAACACAGGUCCCGACAGAACUACAGGUUGAAGCUUGUAUCAGCGUAGCUCGGCGGUUAGAGGAUCUCAUCAGGACAGGAAGUCCGACACUCAUGUCUUACCUGAUCUUGACCCCUCUUCUCCUUGCCCCAAUGAGAGCUCCACGUCUCGGCCAUGUCAAUGCUGCAGCCAUUUUGUCUCCUGCCUCAUUAUCAAUUCUGGUUGCUAUGACGAUAUUAACAUUAAUAGUCACACGAACAAAGUUGUGAUGACUCUAAGAAUCUCAAAAGUUAUAUUUUUGUUUCCACAUUUGAAAAACAUUUUUUAAAGUUGUGACCAUGAUGCCAACAAACAAUGUUGCUAAGCAACCGUCAAAAGGACACCUGGUGUUUUUACUGGAGGUGUUUCUCGUUAAGCCUUGUCCUUUCUACGGAGGAAUGGGUGAUAGAAAAAAAUCUGGUCAAAGACAAGUGUGAUCUAUAGCUGAGGGUCUGUUUGGGAGAAGAAUUUACACGAGGAGGAGGAAACAGUUCAUCGAUUGAGGAAGAACCCUAACAGACCCUCUGAAAAGGUUACCUGAAGGAUCUGCACAUUUUAAUUCAGGGAUUAGACUCAUGUGAAGCUUGCCACGUCUGAAAAUGGUCAGCGAUCAUAUGAAAAACAUUCACAUUUUACAAAAUGUGUUCAGUCACUAAGGGCACUGGUAUAAGGGUGAUCAGUUUUGUAGCUUUAAGAGGAGAAAUACAGCGUUCUUGGAACACCGUAAGAAGUUGUUGUGCCAAAACAGGACAUUUCUGGAUGUUGUCCUGCUGCGUGGCAAAGUGACAAAUCUGCUAUCUUCCGCUUGGGACUUGUUAACAAGUUGUCAUGCGACAUGACUCUACAGUCAUGUGAAUCAUCAUGUGAUUUGUCAUGGGAAUAUAAAUAGUCUUGUUAUUACACAAGUGACCACGGCACAUUUAUGAACUCGGUCAUGUGACUUGUCAUGUGAUGUUUCUGUCUGAAGCGGUUGUUGCAGACGUAGUAUGAUUGGAAGUGAUAGUAGUCGUCAGGAGGCAUUAUACGGCCUCACUUACCCAACACUGGAGAUAUAGCAAUGUAUUGCGAUAUACCAAAGGUCUCCAUAACGAGAAGCUAUACUCUAGAGGUAGCUGUUGACCGUCAGUAUGUGAUAUUUAGUGUGUGUGCUCGUUCUGUUUUAUGAAAUGUACAUAUGUCAUUACUUUCCGUCGUAGAUGCAUAUUUAGUGCUAUGAGGAGUUCUCUCCUUCUACCCCACAUUGUAUUUGAAAAAUUAUCAUAUUACAAGAAUUAUUCAUUUUUUUAUAAAUUGAAGUAUAUACUUUUAAGAUUAUCAUUUGUUCAAAUUCCAAUUAUUUAACAAAGUGUUGCUACCCUGGGGCAGUGGGAUAGCCUAGUGGUUAAAGUGUUCGCUCGUCAUGCUGAAGACCAGGGUUUGGUUCCCUACAUGGGUACAAUGUGUGAGGCCCAUUUCUGGUGUCCCCAGCCAUGACAUGGCUGGAAUAUUCCUAAAAGCGGCGUAACACUCACUUUACUUGUGCAUUAGUGAAUUUUUGUAGUUUACAGACAUCUUCCCUUUUUGAAGAUGAGCAGAAACAAUUAUAAACAUAACAUUAUCCCCUGGUGUGAAAUGGUAUAAGGGGAGACAACUCUUCCAUGAUUUAUCUGCCGAUGAAAGCAACCCACACCAUGCAUUGACCUGUCCACAUAUUGACAGUAUCUGUUCAAGAAUCAGUAUUCCUAAAAACUACUUACCACAUAUCAGAUAUAUGUCUCGGUCGUCAUGUGUUCUCUGAAAUACUACUCCCCUAAGGAGUAUGCAAGAACAACGAAAAUUGCAUCUCCCCUUUAACUCUUGUGUAAUAAUUCAAAUCUUCAUAAAUAAUAAAUAAUUUAACCCUUCUGACUGAUGUCAGUGUGUGAGGACUGUGUGUGAAUCAGUGCGAGGUUUGCAUACAUGUGAAUGUGUGUUAGAGAGCGAUAUUCAUCAUGUAUUCACUGUUGCCAUGGUUAUCACUGUUGCUAUGGUUCUUCAUUCGUUACCGCAGUGAUAAACACUUGCUUUCCAUUAUUCCAGUCACAGCAUCCUAUUUUGUUAUGAAAACUGAAUCAAAAUCAACAUCUGUAUUUCUUCACUGGUGGUAUUUCCCUAAGUGAUACUUCUUUCUAGUAACCAUGGUUACAAGGUCAUAGAAUUAGUAGACAUGUAUCAGAGAUAUAUUUUUGUGAAUCUCAUUAGAUUGGUUACCAUGUCAACCUGAAUAGUGGCCGAUUGAACACAAUGUAUUAUUUAGGAGCACAAUUAUUUCUUAUGUAUGUCAAUUUCACUCAAUCAAAUUUCCAGGAAUACACUGUCCAUUCUGAAAAAACUAAAUUCUUUAACAUUUCUGAAAAUACAUAUUUAUUAUUAUACUAUAUUGUUUUUUGACAAAAAAGUGUGAUGAAUUAUACUAGCUUCUUGUACAUUGAUACAAGGACUCGACAUCCGAGAAUAGUUCUGUUGAUGAAUGGCAUAAUUCUAUUUCAGUCGACGUACCCACCGAACCCAAGUUUUUGUGUGCUUGUUGCUAUAGCAACCAUUUUGUUUGUUGCUUUUUAUUUAUCUCUAUCCUGAUUUUGUGUUAUUGCAUAAUUUAACCCAAAAAACAGUUCUAGAUGUUUGUUAUGGUAGUUUUUAAGAUUUAUACUUUGUUUUUUAAUCUGUUUUUGUUUCAUCAAUUAACGACACCAAAUAUUGCCAAGACGAAUAACAUGCUGCCGCCAAAUGGAAUGUAUAGGUAGUGAUAAAUUAGUGAGUGAGUUUUGAGUUGGACUCUGCUUGUAAAUCAGUUAGUUGAACUUUAGUCUGUAACCCCUGCUUCGAAAUAUUUCCAAAUCAUAACCCCAUUUGAAGUAUUAAAAAAUCAUUUAUGUAGAUUUAGGCUUAGGUGGCUCAGACCCAGAAUAGUUUUAAGCAGGGGUAGGGGCAGAAACGUUUGCAGUCAUUUUAUUUCUUUACCAUGCCAAAGAUAACUGUCUUAUCAUGCUUACUUUUAGAUUCUCUGCUUUUGCCUUAAUAUAAAUUCUGAAGGAUAAAAUAUGAAAUGAUCCUGGUUGAUAAGCCACAAGAAAAUAUAAAACUAGAUUCCACUUUGGACGUGCAAGUGAUUUACUGUUUCGACUGUUAGAUAAUGAUGAUGCUUAAUGGAGUUACCUCCCUUAGCUGGAGGUUACCUGCCGUGUGUGGGUAUGUUCAUGCAUUUGUGUGACAUUUGACAAUGCUGACAAACUGCCACUAUUAAUUCACUCAUUCCUUGAAGCUUUUGUUGUUGAAUUUGCGCUACAAAGAAAUUUUCGACUAGUGAAAACAGCUGAAAGUAUCAACUACCAAGUCUAACAUGCACUUCGUAGUGGAUACGUUGAGCUUGGCUUUACAACUAGCAUAAAACUGGAUAACAUCUGAAGCGAAAA